CGAUUUGAAUUUCUGAGCUAGAACGAGAACAGUGAACAACAGAGCGAGCUUUGUAGGAGCUGUUGUCGUUCGAAACGGAAAGGAUAGGUGGGACCGAAGACAGAGGAAAAUAAGUGCUUGUAGCAGUGGGGAAGUAAUUCACGGCACUGCGCCGGGACCACUGAUUAAUUAACUUGAAAUCGUUUUUGGAAAGCAGGACGUCUCCUUUCGUCUUUGUUACUGUCUGCGGAACAAGUGUCACUAGCAACAGACGGUUCUGUUGCAUCAGUUUCGCAGCAGGUGACCCCCACCCCUCCGCCAAAAUCCGGCUAUUAGAUGUGACCACGAGGUUGAUCAGGAGAAGCCACCAUGUCUUAAACGCAGACGGGCCCUCCGGAGCCCUGUCCCCCCACCCUGGACCACCCUCCCCCGCCCCCAUCCACCACCUUACCCCUUCUCCCAGCCCCAUCCCACUCCCAGAUCUCCCUGCACAUGUGAGGGACAGGCUGCCCAGCCCUGGAUCCCCACUGGCACACCCCUCUCCUCCGUCCGGAGUGAUGAACCUGCAGAAGCACCAGCAGUUGGGUGCUGGUAGCGGUGGGGUGAUGGGCUCUGACCGGGAUCUGCAGUCCACUGCUUCCUCCAUCUCUCUGCCCUCUGUGAAGAAGGCCCCCAAGAAGAGGCGCCUCUCCCUGGCCUCUCUUUUCAGACGCCGAGGUCGGGAGUCCAAAUCAGGGCGCCGAAGGUCCCGAGAGCACCAGCACCCUGGACCUGGAGGGCUUGGAGGGGUGGAUGGCAUUGCCAGCAUCGAGAGCAUCCACUCUGAGAUGUGUAAUGACAAGAACUCUGCCUUCUUCUCUGUGGCUGGGACUGGAGCUGCCUCUGCUGCUGCUGCUGCCUCCACCUCAUCUGCCUCAGGGCCUUCUUCCUCUACCUCCUCCUCCUCCAAGGUGGGGGGUGGGGUGGGGGCAGAGCUACUGGAGUGCCCGCUGUGCCUUCUGCGCCACUCCCGGGAGAGCUUCCCUGACAUCAUGACCUGUCACCACCGCUCCUGCAUUGAUUGCCUGCGCCAGUACCUGCGCAUUGAGAUCUCAGAGUCACGUGUCAACAUCAGCUGUCCUGAGUGCUCGGAACGCUUUAACCCGCACGACAUCCGCAUGAUCCUGGGUGACCGGGCGCUCAUGGACAAAUACGAGGAGUUCAUGCUGAGGAGGUGGCUCGUGGCUGACCCUGACUGCCGCUGGUGCCCUGCGCCGGACUGUGGGUAUGCAGUGAUCGCCUUCGGGUGUGCCAGCUGUCCUAAGAUCACUUGCAGCAGGGAGGGCUGCGGUACAGAGUUCUGUUACCACUGUAAGCAGCUGUGGCAUCCUAACCAGACCUGUGAUGCAGCACGACAGCAGAGAGCCCAGAGCCUCCGCCUGAGGACGGUCCGCUCGUCCUCCCUCAGCUACAGCCAAGAGAGUGGAGCUACAGCUGAUGACAUUAAGCCAUGUCCGCGCUGUGCUGCUUACAUCAUCAAGAUGAACGACGGCAGCUGUAACCACAUGACCUGCGCCGUCUGCGGCUGCGAGUUCUGCUGGCUCUGCAUGAAGGAGAUCUCAGACCUGCACUACCUGAGUCCAUCAGGCUGUACUUUCUGGGGGAAGAAACCAUGGAGCAGGAAGAAGAAGAUUCUUUGGCAACUGGGAACACUUGUGGGUGCCCCUGUCGGCAUCGCACUCAUCGCCGGCAUAGCUAUCCCCGCCAUGAUUAUUGGCAUCCCUGUAUAUGUGGGAAGGAAGAUCCAUAACCGAUAUGAAGGCAAAGAUAUCUCCAACCACAAGAGGAACCUGGUGAUCGCUGGUGGAGUGACUCUCUCUGUCAUUGUGUCUCCAGUGGUGGCUGCAGUCACUGUCGGCAUUGGAGUUCCCAUCAUGCUGGCUUACGUCUAUGGUGUGGUGCCCAUCUCGCUGUGCCGUAGCGGAGGUUGUGGCGUCUCAGCUGGGAAUGGCAAAGGAGUUCGCAUAGAGUUUGACGACGAGAAUGACAUGAAUGUUGGCAGUGGGGCGACUGCCACCGAUACUACAUCAGUGGCAGACACAAGGAACAACCCCAGUAUAGGUGAAGGCAGUGUUGGGGGGCUGACAGGCAGUCUGAGUGCCAGUGGCAGCCACAUGGACCGUCUGGGGGCCAUCAGAGACAACCUGAGUGAGACAGCAUCCACCAUGGCCCUGGCCGGAGCCAGCAUUACCGGCAGCCUGUCUGGCAGUGCCAUGGUCAAUUACUUAAACAGGCUGGAGGUGCAGGCUGAUGUGCAGAAGGAGCGCUGCAGUCUGAGUGGUGAGUCCGGCACUGUCAGCCUGGGUACAAUCAGCGACAACGCUAGCACCAAAGCAAUGGCUGGAUCCAUUCUUAACGCCUACAUGCCCCUCGACAGAGAUGGGAACAGUAUGGAGGUCCAGGUUGACAUUGAAUCCAAACCCAGCAAACUACGGCACCACAGUGGCAGCAGCAGCGUAGAUGACGGCAGCCACGUCGGCCGCUGCGGCUGGACCUGCCCUUCCAACGGUUGCACCUCAUCAGAAGGCAAAGGAACCUCCGCUAAGUGGGCCAAAGAGCCAUCUUGCUCCUCCUCGUCCAGCUUGGGGGGCAAAAAGAGCAAAGGCAAGCUGCGCAAGAAAGGCGGUGGAGGCACCAAGAUCAACGAGACGCGGGAGGACAUGGACGCUCAUCUGCUGGAGCAGCGCAGCACCAACUCCUCAGAGUUCGACUCUCCCUCGCUGAGCGGCAGCCUGCCGUCUGUGGCCGACUCCCACUCCAGCCACUUCUCCGAGUUCAGCUGCUCCGAUCUGGAAAGCAUGAAGACGUCCUGUAGCCACGGCUCCGGUGGAGGCGACUACCACACACGCUUCGCCACUGUCAGCCCCCUACCCGAGGUGGAGAACGACCGCCUGGAGACCUGCCCCGCUUCUUCAUCCUCCUCCCAGGGACAAGGAGCCGUGAUCACUCCCCACUCCCCCACCUCCACCACCUCCUCCCUGGGCCACGGCGCAGAGCUCUCCCCUCUCUGCUUCAUCACAGAGGAGAAUGUCAACCUGGUGUGCCCCGCUGAGCUGGACUCUCACAGCAACACCAGAGAGCUGCUAAAAGAAACCAACAACAACCACCACCAACCACAACACCCAACCCAAACCCAGCAGCAGCCACCUAAGAACUCCUGUAUACAGACAGACAUAUGAAAUCUCAAUACCUUAAGUGCUGCACAGAUGCUAUUUUUAUUUAACAUCUUUUCCUCCACUAAACUAACAGUGAUAGCUUACAGUUUAACCUGCAUUUUCUGUUAUUCCCUUGUAAAGGGGACGCGUUAUUUUGGGAUUUAUGUCCUUCAUCAAAAGCAACCCUUGAGUAAAACAGAGAUCUGUGUGUCCACUGACUGUCAGAGGGCUUGUUGGAAGUAUUAAGAGGUUUCCAAAGUGCAGCCAUGUGAGAAAUGUUAAGGUUGUGAAUGCUGGUGUUUCUCCCCGUGCGACCCGCAGACUGCUGACUCUGAAGGUUCACUCACUCACUACUUGUAACAGAGACAGCCCACGUAUUUGUUCGCUGUUGAUCUGUGUAGGUUAAAAUAAAACCACUGUGCCGGUUUUGCUAGUAUUUGAUUUUGGCUCGACAAUGCGGAUGCAACACCAUGCAGGAAUCUUAAUGUUACAGCUUUCCAGAAGUGAACUCAAGCAGGGACCAGGCAAUAUGAUGAAUUAUUUCCUCUUUUUUAUUUUUCCCCAAAUGUAUUAGUAACAGAGGAACCUUUUGUGUUCCUGUCUGUAUUAUACUUUUUUUUGUCUUUACCCUGGAUGUUUGUUUGAGAUGAACCCUCUAAUGUAUAAUUAUAAGGCCAGGGCUCAACAUCCUAAAUCAUUUUAGCACUAAAAUCGACUUGUAACACAACUGAGAUUGCACACACAGCUGAUGGUGCUUGACAGCUCUGACCUGUAGCUGAUGUUGUUCUGUUGAGAGCUUGUGAUGUUGGGGGGGGGUUGAUUUGAGAAAGGUCUCUGGAAGGCCAUGGUUGUUGAGAUAAUGCUGAAAGUCAUUAUAUUAACAUUAACCAGUGGGUUUGUCAAUUCUGUGAAAUUGUAUCAAGAAAAUGUUUUGUCCUGUUCAAAGGGGAUUUAUUCAGGCUGAUGGUCUCGCCUCACCGAGUAAAAGAGAGCUUUGAUAUCUUUCUUUGUUAACUCAUGGUGCCUUCAAGAAGCUAUUUGUGUUCUCUGUUUGUGUCUCUCUCCACUGUGUCUGCAAGACUCCAAACAACGACUCAUUAUAGGUUGCAGAAUGUCUGUCUGUGUAGGAGGGCGGCUCAAUCACGUACAGAACAUACUGUGGUAGACAUGGUAAAUGAAGACUUUUCAAUUGCCUACCAAAGACAGCACUCAGGCUCUUGUUAAAUCUUAUACCUUUGAUUUGUCACAUGUAGACACAGUAUGGUGCAUCCUUUUUACACCAUGGGGAUGAAUGAAGACAAGACCCAGGAUUAUACAGACAUACAGACUGCUGUUUUGUACAUGCUUCACAAAUGCUACGCAAAUAACUGAGGCCCCAGAACGGCCCGAGGCACCUGCACUGUUACCUGUAUUUCUUAUUACAUUGAUGUUCUGCAAUGCACAAAGAUGAAUAGGGAUACAUAGGUUUGUUCUGGGCUACCUUCCCUAUUGAUUUGUCCUGUGAUUCCUGUUUGUUUUGCCAAUUGGUGCUGCUGAGCAGACUUGAAGUCAAAUUCUGUUUUCAACACUUUAUUUCAGUGUUUGCUUAAGCCUGUCUUUACUGCUCAGUGGUCAGCUUUAUUGAGGCCACUGAGCUGGCUCAGGUGAACCUCUACUAGAUAGGCAAAAGCAACUUGAAUGGUAUUUUGACCCAGGUCUGUUACUGAAUGAACACUCAGUUUGGUUCGGGGGAUAAGGCUACAUGCUGCAGUCCUCCCCGCAUUAAAGCAAAAAUGUUGUUUUGUUCUUCCUCCCCGGUUCUCUCUCUCAUUCUUCACCAAACCUCCAGUUUCUUGAUUCCUAAUUUGAACACUAGUGCCAGAUAUAAUUUGUAAUUUGUGCAGAAUGGCAUAAGGUAUUUGUAUAUGUGUUUGGUAAUUUGCUUUACUAUAUGCGUGUAAAUGCAUAUCAUUAAAAUAAAAAAAAUAAAUGAAA